AUGAGCCCCACCGCUCCUGACCCUGAUGCUGCUCGUCAAGGCGAACAUGGGGGUGAGCGUAAGGGUGGUAGUAUCUUAUAUUGCCCUACCAUCCACAGUAAAGGACUUGACAGCACCGUUUUCGGUUUCGUUACAGAUCGGAGAUACUCCUCCAUAAUGAAAUCAACAACCGACAAUAUCGUUGAUAUUUUACGCCAAAGUUGUCGAGAAACUGGAACACAAGAAAGUCUCAUAGACAACUCUCAACGUAAAAUACAAUCUAUCGAAGAAAGUUUGCAAAGUGAAUUAAGCCAAAAAGGUUUGGAAUCAGAUGGUAUCACAAUCAUCAAAGUACCAUCUAGUAUGUAUAGUACAUUCAAAUCUAUUGGUGAUAUGAUAAGAGAUCAACGUAUGACAGGAUUUGUAGUCUGUUCAAAGGAUUGGAAAACUGAUCCUGUACCAAACACAUUGACCAGUGAACGUAAAGAAAGAGGUUUUGGAGAACAAGUAUCAGCUUAUGGUAUCGGUAAAAUCCGACCAUGGGAUAGAAACUAUGGAAAUUCAAAGUGGGGGAGAUUACAAACCUUCUCUAUGAAAUUGUGGAAAGACUUGAAAGACUUAGAAGAAUUCGAAAAAGAUUGUCCGAGCGAUGUGGAAACGCAUUCCAAUGAUUGUGAUGAGAUCAUCGAUGUUCUCAAGAGUAAACAGAUAGGCGUUGAUAUACUUACUUUGGAUAAAGAUGAAUUUGACUUAUUCAAGCCUAUCAUGGGAGAAAUCUGA